AAGAAGAAGACCACUUCCUUCACAGCUCUGCUCGGUGAAGCGGAAUAAGUAUACAUCCACUGAUUAUGGAGGUUGCAUUGCUAUAAAUUCUUCAUGGCCACUGCAGACGUCGGAUUAAACAUACAUCAGGUUUUACUGGUUCCCUGAACGUAUAGCGCUGCAGUAAUUAGUCUGGUAUUUUAUAGGCUUCCCUUACUGGGCCUCAAGACAAUUAAAACGAUCUGGAAUCUCGAGGACGUCGUUCCAACAGACCCUCGGGUAGAGGUAGACGAUAACAGACAACAGGAUUCUUGGUGGAUAGGGUGUUGAACGUUUUUUUGACUCUAAUAGAACCAGUAAAAUAUAUGAAGUAAGAUUCCUUUAGAUUAAUCGAGUUUUGAUUUGAUUGCUUUGGUCUAGCUGAGAAAUUAACUGGAGUGUAGGCUAGCUACAGAUUAACUGUCACGUUUUUUUAUUUGAAGAAACGCUGAAAGAAUAGCUUCCAGGAUGGAUCGGGACAGAACUAGCACCUUCCCCUCCACCCUGCCAGAGUCCCCGGGUUGCAACUCUCCCGGUAGUACCUUACUGCUGGGUCUGAAGAGGGUGUCUUCGUUGCUGAUCGACUGCAGGAAAACACCAGGGCAGAGUGGAACUUCGAGAGGUGGACACGAGGAAGAUGGAGAUUUGAUUUCAUCAAGGGACACAUCUAAACGUGGUCUCGGUGGGAGGGGCUUAUCUGCUCAACUUCAACCACAUGUUGCUGACGAGGCAGAGAAGUGUCUCUCCAGGUCAGAACACUUCAAGAAACAUCAGCAGAGACGUACAGGGAAGAAACCUCCCCACUGCUGCUCUGACUGUGGGAAGAAUUUCACUAGCCGGAGUUGCUUCAUUAUUCACCAGCGGAUUCACACCGGCGAGAGACCGUACUUCUGCUCUCAGUGUGGGAAGAGGCACAUCUCUGCAGGGCGUCUUAAAGAACACCAAAGAAUCCAUACAGGAGAGAAACCUUACAGAUGCUCACAGUGUGGGAAGAGUUUUGCUCUAUCUGGCACCUUAAAAUCUCAUCUGAGAAUCCAUACAGGUGAGAAACCAUACUGCUGCUCUCAGUGUGGGAGGAGUUUUGCUGUAUCUACCGCCUUAAAAUCUCACCUGAGAGUUCAUACCGGGGAGAAACCGUACUGCUGCUCUCAGUGUGGGAAGGGUUUUACUGUAUCUAGUGCCUUAAAAUCGCAUUUGAUAAUUCAUACUGGCGAGAGGCCUUACCCCUGCCUUCGUUGUGGGAAAAGCUUUGUUAGUGCAGGAAACCUAACUGUACACAAGCGGAUACACACUGGAGAGAGGCCUUAUAGCUGUGAUCAGUGUGGAAAGAGCUUUGCUCUAGCUUCCGUGCUGACUUCCCACCGGCGCAUACACACUGGAAAGAAACCUUAUACCUGUGAACAGUGUGGGAAGAGCUUUGCCGUAGCUUCCUCCCUGACUAGACACCAGCGAACACACACUGGAGAGAAGCCUUAUGUCUGUCUAUGUGGAAAGAGCUUUGCUCAGUUAGGGACAAUGAAAAGUCACCAGAAAACAAAAACGUGCCGUAUUUCAUCUCCCUCCUAUACGGCACCAGUUCCAGAUCCCUAAAUAAACUUCUAGUGAUUAAUCAUAUCCAUCUCCCAUUGUUAAACAGUUGACUUAGUCUGAUCACCAUUGUAACCUCCGUGGAGCAUAAUAUGCAGCUCUGAUCUAGGAUCAGGUCUCCCCUGUGUCUAUAUAAUAUUACACAUCGGGAUCUAAAUGGAUAAAUGUUAUCAUAGAAGAUGUCAUAGUCAACCUGUGUGUGUGUGUGCUCAUAAAACUAAUCAAUGAUACAUUGGAUAAUUGGUCAAGGCAAGAACUAUGCAUAUUGUCUUGUAACAUCGGUUAAUGUAAUAACUUUUAGAUUUGUAAUGUAAUAUCUUGUACCCCAGAAAUGGAACGUAAAUUACAGAAAAUAGAUGCUGUGGUGGCAGCUGCAGAGAUUUAUUUGGGUAUAUGAGAUUUGACUUCAGAAGAGUUACAUGGUGUGUUGAAGGGUGAUGUCCCGUCCUCCCAGGCCGUUGGGAUGGUGCAGGAGCAGAUGGGGUCAAAGUAGUGGAAUGGGGAAGUGGGUUUUUAAUGUGUAGGUGGCAGCUGCUGAGAAGUACCUGGUUGUACAAUGUUUUACUGCAGAAGAGUUAUAAGAUGCUUUGAAAUAAAGAAAUAUACAUAAACUCAGCAAAAAAAGAAACGUCCUCACACUGUCAACUGCGUUUAUUUUCAGCAAACUUAAAUAUUUGUAUGAACAUAAGAUAAACAACUGAGACAUAAACUGAACAAGUUACCCAGACAUGUGACUAACAGAAAUUGAAGAAUGUGUCCCUGAACAAAGGGGGGUCAAAAUCAAAAGUAACAGUCAGUAUUUUUUAUUUAUUUUUUUAUUUAACCUUUAUUUAACCAGGUAGGCAAAUUGAGAACACGUUCUCAUUUACAAUUGCGACCUGGCCAAGAUAAAGCAAAGCAGUUCGACACAUACAACAACACAUAGUUACACAUGGAGUAAAAACAAACAUAUAGUCAAUAAUACAGUGAAAAAAAAUAAGUCUAUAUACAAUGUGAGCAAGUGAGGUGAGAUAAGGGAGGUGAAGGCAAACAGAUAUAUGUAUAAAUAAAUAAAAAUAUAAAAAGGCCAUGGAGGCGAAGUGAGUACAACACAGCAAGUAAAAUAAAAACUAAAAAAACACUGGAAUGGUUGGUUUGCAUUGGAAGAAAGUGCAAAGUAGAGACAGAAAUAAUGGGGUGCAAAGGAGCAAAAUAAAUUAAUAAAUAAAUACAGUAGGUAAAGAGGUAGUUGUUUGGGCUA